AACCUGUUGAAUCCUGAUCAGACCAAUAAACCUCUAACUCCUUGCUUGACUGGCUCAAUGACUUAACUCGGUUUUACAACCUUGCUAAUGAACCAUAGAUAAUCUUACUCUAAGAAAGUCGAAAGCUACUUUAUUUGGUGUGACAACCAAAAACUAGCAUGUGAAUAUGAGAGGUCUGAUAAUUAGAGCGUGUGAAAAAACAUAAUCUCAUUACAAUUCUAACACUAACAAUACCCUAAUAACUAAAAAGAUUGAAAGAAAGUUAUUGCCUAAAGCCCUAAAGACUUUGUCUCUUUAAAACCAUAUCAAGAUCAUUGUUAUUCUUGUAUUGUUUGAGCAAUAAUCCAUUAAAUACAGAUAACAAUUAUACCUUAAAUAACUGAUAAACUUUGUUAUCCUCCUCCUAUCAAAGUACUCAGAAGCUUCUUAUUUCCCUCCAGCUCAAUCCAAGGAAUUAAUCCCACCUAAACCCGUUGACAAAUUCCCUUCCAAAACCUUCAUCUACAGAGCUUGAAAGUGAGACCAUUAUUACAAAUUCAAUCAUCUCCCUCCAUAAUCUCUCCCUUCUUCUCUAGCAGAAUCAUGCAGACCAUUACUGAAAUAGGCUUUCGGUGCUACCAAAUUGUCUUUUCCUUUUCACCUCUUCACUCCUUCACCUUUUCCUUUUUUGCCCCAUAGCAGGGGCUUUGCUGCUCUGCUUCGUUUAAACUCCAUCUUUCUUUUACCCUCUCUUUCUCUUAGGGUCGCUCUCUGUGUCGUGAUUAUAUAGGACAGGGAAUAGAGAGAGCAACCUGGCGGAAGACAAACGAAAGCGCAAAAAGCUAAUGCUGCUGUUGCAAUUUCUGACUUGUGGGCAAAAAUCUCCUUAAAUUCCUCUGCCCCUGUUUUUCCUCUGCCUCCAUCGAUAUAUAUUAACCCACACACUUCCUUUUUCCUCUCUGCCUCAUUGAUGCCAGAAGAAAAUGGCGGUGGAUGUUUGGUCGGAGAUUUCGAGCGCAGGUCUAAUCAGCCCAAGGCUUUCCUUCUCUCGUGACCUCACUCAGGCAACAGAGCCGGAAGCCGACGCCGGUCACCGCCCCAGAUCAGAUUGCUGUCUUCUCGACUCCGACUUCGAUUUCUUCAUCGGCAGCAGGGGAGAAUUUUCCUCUGCCGACGAGCUCUUCUCCAACGGCAGGAUCUUGCCUGUAGAAAUCAAGAAACAACCGCAGCCGCAACAGCAAACUCAAAUUGCCACGGGUAAAGAAGCGAUUCCCAUUCCUCCACUGCCGUCUCCUCUGUCUCCGGCUCAGCAAACUGGUGAGAAUGAUUCUUCUCCGCAGCUUGAGUCAGAGAAGAAGAAGCUGCUGAAGGAGUUCCUGUCGACGAGUCUCGACGGUGACCACGAGGAACAACAGAGGCAAAACCCGGCGGCGGCGGCGGCGGCGGUGGGACCGAGAUCGUUCUGGCAAUUCAAGAGAAGCAACAGUCUAAACUGCGACGAAAUCAGCUGCCGGAGCAGAGGAGGGCUAAUCCGAUCACUACAUUUCCUUUCGAGAAGCAACUCAACUGGGUCGGCUCCAAAUCCACCCAAAAUCAAACCCAAGGAGGAAAACCCCCAUCAUUUGCGGAAACAGAGGUCGGUUCCCAACAGGAAAUCGCCAUUGAUGCCCACCAGCUCUGCACCCUGUUACUAUCCCUACAAUACCGGGGGCCAGCAACAGCAAAAAUCGAAUCUUCCGGUGUUGAGGAAAUGCGGGUCAUACGGCAAUAACUCCGCCGGGAUUAGAAUCACUCCGGUGCUGAACAUCCCGGCACCGGCUUUCAUAUCCAGGGGAACGGUCAACUUUUUGGGGCUGGGUUCUCUGUUCUGUAACGGUAAGGUUGAUAAAAAGAAAAGGAAGAAGAAGAGAUAGAUGAUCAAAGUUACCAUCUUUACUCAUUUUUCCUUCUCUUUUUCGUCGUUAUACAUAUAAAUUUGAGUUUUUUUCUUCUUCUUCUUCGAUCUGAUCAUAUGUGUAUAUGAAAUCCUGUCGAAAGUACAGAUGUAUUUGGUUGCCUGUCAAUUUGGUUCCUGGUUCAGCCUUCCCUUCCAUGUGACCUCUUACUACUCUCCACAUUUCUAAUCAAAUUAUUGGAUCUAAGAGGAUGGGUUGCGACAAGAAAGGGUCUUUUCUUUUUGGUAUGGUGCAGGCGACACAGUUAGGACUUAGGAGUUGUCUUGAAUUUGAUGUUAGUAUGUUAAUGUGGUAGCUAGACAACUGCGACGACAAAUGUACGAGUUGAUUUGUGGGUAUUGAUAUUGUUGAAUUGCCAUUCUACUUGUUAUACAUUAUUGAGUUGGAUAUGACAAUAACUUUACAAAUAAUGU